AUGGUUGAUGUUGAGGAAAAAAUUGUUGAAGACUAUAAAUGUCGACCUCCUCCCAACCAUCUUCUUAACACAGGUUCUAAUAGAUUUAUUGCAGUGGAACCAGCUGAAAUAUAUUUUGACAAGAAUUCCUUUGGCUCACAAAAAGAAGAUAGCGACGUUAAACAAUUUCAACUUAAAAACAUAUCUGGCCGUGUCACAAGAUUACAUAUUUUACCUCCUGACACUAAAUAUUUCAGAUUGUCUUAUAAAAUACCGAAGUGUUUAGUGCCGGGUUACAGUAUUACUUGUCGUGUAACAUUCUUGCCCAAUGAACCUCGGUAUUAUGAAGAUUGUAUACGCGUACAUACUGAAGAUCAUGAAAAUCAGUUAAUUGUACCAAUUUAUGCAUAUCCUGUGAUUGGUGAUUUUGAAUUUCCUGAUUUCAUCGAAUUACAACCAACUGCAAUUGGACAAAAGAGAACUUUACACAUUCCAAUCAAAUCUUCAUCAGCUGUUGAUUUUGAGUUUCGAAUUCAGAUAAUUCAAAUGCACUCGAGUUUCAAAAUUCAUCCUGUUAAAGGAGUUCUGCAUGCUGGUCAAAUAACAAAACUUCGCAUUGAUUUUCAACCGACUGCUUAUACAACUUGUGAAUUGAAAUUUGAAUUACAUGUGGCACAAGUGAACUUUAAAGCGAAGGUUUGUACAAUUAUUGGGAACGCAGCACCUGGAAUUCCUGAGGACCUGUCAAUAACUUGUAAAGAGAUAAAUCAUUUCAUGGAUCCUCUUGAUACACAGGAUGAUUUGAGUCAAGAAUUAAGCGUUAAAAAAUAUCCUUACAAAUUAAUGAAACUUAAGUGUUCAUCACAGAAAUUACAAAUUUUAAAAAAAAGAAAUAUUAGUGAAAAAUUACCUGAAAUGACAUGUCCACACCAUUUGGUAAAAUUUCUAUUAGGCAGUUAUGAUAAAAUGAAUUCAAGUCAAAGAAGUAAUAAAACAACCUCAGGUGAAUUAAACAGGCAACAAAAGUUAUUAGCUUUUGAAGCAAUGGUACAUCAAAAUUUUACUGAUGAACAACGUAAUCAAGUUAGAUGGCAAUCGAAAUUAGGUGAAACUCCACUGUUGUUAGAAGAACGACUGAAAAUAUGUCAGAUGCGUGAUUUAGCAUGGAAUAAGUAUUAUUCUACUUGUACACAUCCAGAAGUCCUGGAACAGAUAUCAUCACUUUCAUCUGUCGACAUGACAUCAAAUAGAAACAACCAAUUAUUACUUUCAUAUGACUUUCGUCCAUGUCGUCCAGUCGAUCCAUUCAUGAAAUCAACAAUCAAUGGGGGGCGAUUAUUAACUGAACCAAAAUUCCAUUUGGUAGAAUUUAGUAAAGCAAAAUGGUUGUAUAGAGUUGAUAUAAUUUCAAAAUUUCGUUCAAUUGUUUCAAGUGUGAUUAUUAAACAAAGAAUGAUUAAAAGAUUGAAAAAAUUAAAACAAACUUCAACAUCGUCGUCAUCGUCAACUAUGGAUGAUAAAAAUUCAGUUAUCGAAAAGUUCACUAACAUGGCUGGCAAGUCAAUUCCAUCAAUUCCCUUGCACAAAUGUGGUAGUCAAUUACCUCAUCAAAAGUAUUCAUCUGAUCGUGAUCUACUUACAGAUGAAAUGCCAAUCACAUUAGGGAAUAAUCCUCCCGCAGGUAAUAGUAACACAAAUCAAUCAUCUUGUCUUCUGCCUAUACCAUGUACAUAUAACUAUGAUCAAUUAAUGGCUAGUUUUACAACACCACAACACUACUGGCCUAUAUUCGAUAUGCCAGCGUCAUCAACAACAACAACAGCAGCAUCGGAACAAUAUGAAUUAAGGUUAAUGGAUAAAUUUGAUCUAAGCACUGCUAUGGAUUAUGCGAAAUUAAUACCAAUAGAGGUGAACUAUGAUGAACUGCUACUGUCUAUACAACAGAAACGACCAAGUCAGCAACAACAACAACGGCAAGAACAACUACAGCAGAAACAGAAGCAACAACUACGACAACAAAAUGAACAAAUACAAAAUGGAGAAUUAAACAAUUCGAAGACAACGCCAUUACCACUACAGUCGACCACUGAUUAUGAAACAAUUAAAAAUAAAAGACAGAUUUCAGCAAAAAGUCUGAAGAAACUAACAAUAAGUCUACCGAAAUCACUUCAUUUACUGCCAAAGACAAGCAUGUCUGCGGAUAACUGUUCUUAUAAUCGAUACCUGUCAUUUGCCCCGACGAAUCAAUCAACUCUAGAAGACUAUUCAAAAUCUUUAAUGAACUCAUUCAAUAAAACAUCUCAUGAUGAGUACAGUGUUAUCAGUCCUUCUAAUUUAUCGAAUUCUAGUUACUUAGACACUGUGCUGAUAAAUCUUGAUCAGACAGAAGUACAUCAUCCUCUAGCUGAAUGGAGUUCAUCGUCAACCAGUCAUCAACCAUUAGUUCCAUUGCCGUCUUUAACAUAUUCAGACUUUCCAGAAAAUUUCUCGAAUCCUGAGGAUGUGGAAGAAAACGAAAAUAAACAGUGUUCCCUAACAAGGGAAAAUGAUUCAAAGACAGUUGGACAACUAGUUGAACAAGAUGUUAAAGAAUGGAUAUCACGAUUUCCAGAAUUGAAUUCUCUUUUAACAAAAGAAAACAACGACGCUGAUUAUGGUGAUGAUGAUGGUGAUGACAAGGAAUACAAUGAAGAAAAGCUGAAUACAUCAAACAAUCCGCUACUACACUUGAAUAAUGCAUCAAUUGAAGAGGCGAAAAAUUAUGAAAAUGAAAUUUUAUCGGCAUGCAAGUUUAAAUUUUGA